UGUUAAUAAUCGAAUCCAUUCCCACACUUAAUAAUUGCAAUUGCAUGCAUUGUGUUGUGUGUGCGUAGGAUUUGAGGAGGUUUGCUUCUGCUGUAACAACUGAGCUCUGUACUACCAAAUCCGUGUAAUGGCGCCGGAGAUGACUAGAGAUUCCUUGGACUAUCUCUUGGACGACUCCGAAUACGACGUGGAAGACACCGCCAGCAGCAGCAGCAUCGAAGACGACGCCUCCCUCUCCUCCUCCGCAGUCUCACAGCAGUGGCCUCAGAGCUUCAGAGAAGCAGUUGACAUAUAUUCGAUAUCUGCAUCACCAAGCUUCGGCAUACUAAGGCCUCGGACGUCUGCCGCAAUCAGCAGCCACAACUUGUUGGAAUCAAAUGCCACAAUCCCACUGCUUGCUGAUUACAACAAGGUUCACAUUGUGGCGGAAGACCUUCCUAGAUCGAGGGCGCACUCGAUCAUUAUCUCCGAUAAGGCCUCCUUCCACAAGCACGCGCCUCUCGGCCACGGAUGCAGCCUUCUUCAGACCGUAUUCAACGGUAUGAAUGUGAUGGCCGGUGUUGGGCUGCUCUCCACGCCUUACACUGUCAAAGUAGGCGGUUGGGCCAGCUUGUUCGUGCUAGUCCUCUUCGCGUUCAUCUGUUGCUACACGGCCAUUCUCAUGAAGCAUUGCUUCGAAAGUGCUCAAGGCAUACUCACCUUUCCUGACAUGGGAGAGGCCGCGUUUGGGAAAUGGGGUCGCCUCUUCAUAUCCAUUAUAUUGUACUCAGAGCUAUAUAUGUCGUGCACGGACUACUUAAUCUUGGAAGGGGAUAAUCUCUCAACAAUAUUCUCAGGAGUGUCUUUGAAUAUAUUUGGCUUCAAGAUUGACACUAUGCAUCUCUUUGCAACCGUAGCUGUGCUAAUCGUCUUUCCCACUCUUCUUCUUAAAGAUCUUCAAUUUCUUUCUUACCUCUCAGCCAGUGGAGUCGUUGCAACGAUAGUUGUAGUUCUGUGCUUGUUAUUUGUUGGUACAACAGAGGGAGUUGGCUUUCACCACAGUGGCAAACUACUGGAUUUGAGUGGCAUCCCUUUCUCCAUUGGUGUAUAUGGCUUCUGCUACUCAGGCCACUCGGUUUUCCCCAAUAUAUACCAAUCGAUGGCUGAUAAAACCAAAUUCAAGAAAGCAGUUAUCAUAAGUUUCAUUCUAUGUGUUACCGUUUAUGGUAGCGCUGCAGUGAUGGGAUUCCUCAUGUUCGGGCAGAGCACAAACGCGCAAAUAACUUUGAAUCUACCACAGCACAAAUUAAGCUCCAAAAUAGCUUUGUGGACAACGGUUAUCAAUCCAUUCUCCAAAAUUGCCUUGACAAUGAAUCCAUUGGCUAGAGGUAUUGAGGAGCUGCUGCCAUCAAGAAUCUCUAACACUUACUUGUGCUUCCUUCUUAUACGAACGUCACUCAUCUUGUCCUCUCUCCUAGUUGCCUUCCUCAUCCCCUUCUUCGGAACGGUGAUGUCUCUAAUAGGCUCUCUCUUUAGCGUUCUCAUGGCUAUGGUGAUGCCAUCUCUAUGCUUCUUGAAAAUUCUUGGAAGGAAAAGUGCCACCAAAAUGCAGAUUGCGCUGAGCAGCUGCAUUGUCGUGAUAGGCCUCGUAUGUGGGAUCAUCGGGACAUACAGCGCUUUGGUAGACCUCGCUAACAAGUGCUGAACUCUCAUGCAAUAAACCUUAGGCCUUCACCAGAUUUUCAGACAAACUUUCGUCUGUUUUAUGGCUUCUUUGGAGGAAACUAGCUUCAAACAUCCCUUUCAAGUUGUAACUUUUUGAUUCCUUCAAUGGCUAUAGUUUGAUUAUUGAUUUUGCUUCA